AUGCCGACGGUGCAUAUCUUCGUCGGGCAGUGCGGGAAUCAGCUGGGGCCGACCUUCUUAGACGUCUUAGCCACCGAGGCGCAGUCCAGCGGCGAUGAGGCGUAUCAGAUGCUCGUCUCGGACGACCACUUCCGGCGGCAUCCCGCGCCCCUCGCGACCCCUCGGCCGUGCGUCGAGCUCGCCAGCCUCCCGCAGCCGCGCUGUGUGAUGGUGGAUAUGGAGCCAAAGGUGAUGGAGCGGGCGAUCGCGCGGGUGAACGGCCGCGUUUCCGACCCCCCUUCUUCCUCCCUUUCGUCCUCGUCGCCGCCGCGGUAUUGGCUUUCCCCGCAGCAGUGUGUGAGUCGUGGGGAGGGGAGUGGGAAUAACUGGGCGUUUGGGUAUCACCACCAGGGCCGGAGUCGGCGCGAGGCGCUCGCGGAGAGCCUCCGGCGGGAGGCCGAGGUGUGCGAGGCCGGGGUCGGGCUCCUCCACGUCGUGCACAGCGCGGCCGGGGGCACCGGAUCGGGCGUCGGCUGUCUCGUUGGCGAGGUCGCGCGGGAGCUUUUCCCCCGCGCGGCGCUCACGCACACCGUGGUGUGGCCCUUCACCCACGGCGAGGUCGUCCCGCAGGGGCUGAACCUCACCCUCUGCCUCGCCACCCUCCGCGAGCUCGUCGACGGGGCGUUUCUCGCGUUUAAUGACGUCCUCGGGGAGGAUCUGCGGCGGGCGCAAGGGGAUCCCGCCUCCGCGCCCGCCACCGCGACCGACGGGGUCUCGUUUGAGGCCCUGAACACCCGCAUCGGGCGGCUUCUCGCGCCAUUGUUUCUCCCACACGGGCUCUACGAAAUCCCGCGGCCGAUGCGCGAUCUCGGAAAGCACCGCAUCGCGGAAAGUCCCGCGGCGAAGGAGCUGCGGGCGCGGGCGGGGGACGCCCCGCGGCGGCUUCGCUCCGCCGGCUACGCGGACGUCCUCGAGGGCCUCUGCCUCGACCCCGCGCGGAAAUUCUUCACCGGCGUGCAGCUCCCUCCGGAGCGGAUCGUCGGGCACCCCUCCCCGACGACCUGGAGCUCCGUCCUCCUCGAGGCCGCUCGCCGCGUCGACGAGGCCUUCACCGGUCCGGGCGGGUUUCCUUCCUCGUCUUCGUUUUUUCCUUCCGGCGCGCCCUUCGCGAUGGGGAGUCGGAGUUGCGUGUGGGCGCUGCGGGGGUACGACGUCCGCCGGGAGGGCCUCCGGGAGCUUCAGGACCUCAUGGCGAGCCGCCUUCCUGGCGGGUUCCCCCUCACGACGCUCCUCGUGAGCCCGCACGAGCGGAACGACGCCGCGUGGUACGCGCGGGCCGAUCACGAGGUGAGUUUGUACGGCCACACCCCCGUCAUCCCGCGCGCCCUCGCCGAGGCGCUGCGGAAGGUGGAGGAUCACCUCCGCGUCGGGGCUUUUCUCCAUCAUUUUGAGCGCUUCGGCGUGGAAAAGGCAACGAUAGAGGAGGCAACAAUGAAGUUGUGGGAUACGGUUGCGGCGUACGACGCCAGUCUGGUUCAUUCGUGA